UCAUUGCAGUACCCGGGACAAGAACACAAGGACGACUCCUCCAGUAAAAAUCUCCUCUCGGCGUUGUAGUAACUUGUACUGCAAACAAAAUAAUACUCAACUAUUUAUCUCUCAUUUGUUAUUUUUGCAGGCUAGGCUUACUGGGAAGAGAAAUGUUGAAGAGACACUUUGCAUCAGGGAACUUGCUUAGGAUUUUGUCCCUGUUGGGCGACAGUCACCUUGGCCCUUGUCGUCGAAUAAUAAGAAUUCGCCACCACCACCACCGGCGGAACUUCAGUCACUUCUCCAGUAGCAGUACAACAACUUCAUCAACAAAACCGGCUGAUUCUCCACCACGCUCAAAGUCGGAUGCGAGGGGUGAGCUGAGAAGUUGGCAGAUUCACGCAUACUCUGGUAUCGAUGACCUUCAGGCGUCCACGUCUCGCAUCCCACCCAUUAAAUCCCCCACCGACGUCCUCAUCCGCGUCCAUGCUUCCUCCAUCAAUCCCAUCGACAUCGCAAUGACCAGAGGUUACGGAGCCGACACGCUCAACCUCCUCCGAGGAUUGUGCAGCUCUGAACAAAGUAAGGGGCCAUUUGGGCUUCAGUCCUUGAAACAGUUGUCUCUUCCAUUUCGUCGUGGGGCUACAACAAUCGAAUUCCCUUUAACGCUGGGGAGAGAUUUCUCGGGGGUUAUUGUUCAAAUGGGACACGAGGCCAGAGGAAAACAUGGACUCCGAGUGGGGGACGAAGUCUUUGGCGUAGUGGGAGUUCAGAGACAAGGAGCUCAUGCGACCUAUGUAAUCUCAUCGAUUGACACGAUCCGCCAGAAACCGAAAAACAUGAGCUUUUUGGAAGCUGCUGCAAUCCCGUAUGUUGGUCUGACCACUUGGGCAGCAAUCAGGGUAACGGGAGCAUUUUCUAAUUUGAACGGAAAAAGGUUUCUAGUUUUGGGCGGAUCAGGAGGGGUUGGCACGUUUGCAGUCCAAUAUUUGAAAUCUCAAGGAACGCAUGUGGUCACUACAUGCAGUUCUGAAGCUGAGGCUCUAAUGACCUCAUUAGGAUGUGACUUUGUGAUCGAUUAUAAAAUGCAAGAGUUUUCAGAAAUGGUUAAGCAUUACUCACCAUAUGACUGCGUUCUUGACCUGUCUGGACCCACCAAUUAUAAAAAGUCACUAGAAACAAUCCAGUAUCUUAAAGCGGUCACCGGACAAUACAUAACCCUUUCACCUCCAUUUUUAUCAAACAUGGAUAAGUUUGGAUUUCUAGGAGGAGCUGCAAAGAAUGUUGGAGACUUGCUGAACAGCAACUAUCAAAGUUGGAACAAGGGACAGUCAGUUACAAAGUGGGCCUUUUUCAUUCCCAAUGGGGCUCCGUUGGAAAAUUUUACAGAUUUGUUGCAAUCAAAACGGAUUCGGCCAGUAAUCCAAGAGUCAUUCAAAUUUGACGAAACAAAAGAUGCCUACAAACGGGUGGACGACGGUCAUUUAAGAGGAAAAAUUAUGUUAGACAUGGAGGAUUAUGUUAACUCAAACUGAGCCAAACUCUGAAUUACAAAGUCAAUACAUACGACAAAUCAAGUAUUCACAUAUAAAAAUGAUUUGAUUUUCAGCAUGAGAAUUAUUUACUAAAAUAUUUAGCAUGUUCACGAUUCCGUUGGGAUUCAUGAAUAUUUAUAAUGCACACUGACGCAUUGUUAUUUCCCGUUGCUGUCACAUAAUAGCAUCAAAGAUCGAGUCACAGGAGAGAGCUAUGUAUCUCUGGCAGAGUGAAUGCACCCUGGAUUCGUAUAUACUUCUGACAGAAGUGCUGCUGCUGUUGCUGCUAGGGUUAAAAAUCAUUUGAAGAGGUAAAUCUAGCCCUGAGGUGGUUUCAUUGGGCAAUAAUGGGCUGUAUUGUUGGAUACAAUGGAAAAGAAUUCAACAGGUGCAAGGCAGGUAUUUGCUAGUGUUGGUUACGUACCCACUACUACGCUACCAAAAGCAAAAGAGGCGAAACUUAAGUUGACUUUUGAGAUUCAAUCGCUAUAUGAUUUAAUUGACUUUUCUUGUACAUUUCGUACGUGCAUUUAAUUAAGUAUUUAUUGGUGACCAGAGUUUGAUUAUAAAAUGU